AUGACACACGUGAGUGACCUAGAGGAACAAUGGUUCAGAGAGAAGGAACAGGAAGUGCAAACAACUCUGACCUGGGAACAGGCCUGCAUUGGCCAAGACUUCCAGUACAAUGUCAGACACUAUGUAGUGGUGAUCAUGGCUCCGAUAAUGCCUCAUGUAGAGCAUGUUUCAUUUUAUCUUGGCUAUAGGAUGUGCAGAGAACUGUUUCACAAAAGAACAGGCGGUGGGGCCGUCCCGACCGACUGCGGCCGGGGCCCGGGGGAGUUAAUCCGAAAGCGCCGCCAGCCCCGCGGGCCCAACUCCACGUGUCACCGAGAAGCUGAGGUAGAGACAGAGAGAGAGAAAGCAAGUGAUCUGAGUCGGGGAAAGUCCUGCGCGCCUCCGGGCAAUUAUAAAAAUGUGACCCCCCGGACGGCUUCCAAACCACCGCCCUCACCUGCUGCGCCCAGUGGUCCGCCGGCUGCUGCUCCGUGUCCGCGCCCGCCCAGCAUGCGGCCCCCGCGCAGCCUCCUCCUGGCAGUUUCUCUGGUCCUCCUGCACCACCUCAGUUUGGACAGGAACCUCCCCACCACAGCCACGGCAGGCCCUGGCAUGUUCUCCUGCCUCAGCCACUCCCAGAACCUGCUGAAGGCCGUCAGCAGCACGCUUCACAAGGCCAGACAAACAUUGAAAUAUUACUCCUGCACUUCUGAAAAGAUUGAUCAUGAAGAUAUCACAAAAGAUAAAACCAGCACCGUAGAAGCCUGCCUACCACUGGAAUUAACCAAAAAUGAGAAUUGCCUGGUUUCCAGAGAGAUCGCUUUCAUAACGAAUGGGAGUUGCCUGGCCUCCAGAACAGCCUCUUUUAUGACGACCCUGUGCCUCAGUAGUAUCUAUGAAGACUUGAAGAUGUACCAGGUGGAGUUCAAGGCCAUAAAUGAAAAGCUUUUGAUGGAUCCUAAGAGGCAGAUCAUUCUGGAUCAAAACAUGUUGGCAGCUAUUGAUGAGCUGAUGCAGGCCCUGGAUUUCAACAGUGCGGCUGUGCCUCAGCAACCCGCCCUGGAAGAACUGGAUCCUUACAAGAUGAAAGUCAAGCUCUGCAUCCUCCUUCACGCUUUCAGAGUCCGCGCAGUGACUAUCAACAGGAUGAUGAGCUAUCUGAAUUCUUCCUAAAAAGGCUCAGGUCUCGCCCAACCUUAAAGUCAUUUGAAUCAAAGCGAUUUCUAUAGGCUGUGCGGGAGGUGGUGGCUUGACCUGGUCCUACUUAAGCUAGUAAUUUUCUUGUUGUUUACAUUAGUCAACCACCCAAAAGUUGAACAUGUAACUACUUUACUUAAAUGGGUCCUUUCCUCGCGUGUAUUCCACAUUGACUAGGGAUAAGUUGUUUUUAAAGUUUUCAUAAGCAAAUUGCUAAAGGGGGAAGUUUUCUUCACUGUGUGAUUUUUAGAAAAACAGGAAUUUAUAAGCUACUUCUAUAUCAAAGUGUUUGUUGAAACACUCAAGCAUAAUUUAUUUUAAAAUAUUUAUUUUUAUAAGGGUGUGUUC